AUGAGAAAGGUUAUUUUAUAAAUGUCUCUUACUCUUGCUUUUGAAUGUCUUUUCAAGUUGAUGUUUAGAUACAGAAGACCAUAUGUAAAUUCUUUCUAGAAAAUGUACAGAUAAGUCAGAGAUAAGAAUGGAGAGCUCAUGAAUGUUUAGAUAAGCAAUGACGAGCGCUACUUCAAAAAGAAGCGCUUGGAUGAUUAUACUCAUUCUGACAAAAAUGAUAUUAAGCCUAUUGAUAGCUGGGUAAGAACAUGGCUGAGGAAACUCUGUGAGUUUUUAGUGGCAGCUUUGCUGAGUGUAACAAUAUAAUCAGAGUCGUUUGAUGGAGGAUGGUCUGAUCCUUAGCCUGAGGUUGAUUCUUCCACUGCAAAGUACAAUUAUUUCAAUCACUUUUUCCGUCGAUUAUUAAUAGCUGAUGAGAGUGAAAAAGUUUCAUUACUGUUUAAAAAGUAAGUCCCUUGA